AUGUCUGCAGUUCUCCUCCAGUUAAACAUAACCUUACAUAAUUCUGUCAAUAACCUCAAAGAUGUUCUCUAUUACAAGAGGUUUGAGUAGGCUAAAAGUAUCUGUACCAAAUGUCUGCAGAUUAUUGGGAACUAAUGCCCAACAAGUGAAUGUACCAAGCCCCGCAGUAUGCUCUUCAAUUAUAAAUAAUGCAAUUGAAAACCCAUGGAUCUACAGGCAACCUGAUCAUAUAAAGAAUCCAAUAAAUGGGAUCAAACCAAUAAAGCUUCCAAAUGAUCUGUUCUGGGUGCCACUCAGUAAAGAGGAUAAGAUAAGCAAUGUAACAAUAGAAGCUCCCUCGUUGAACAUUCAAGAAAAAUUAGCAGCCAGAUUGAUUGUGAUUCGUAGGAAGAAAAUGAAGAAGCACAAGUUGAAGAAAUUGCGCAAGAGGAUGAAGUACGAGUAUGCUAAGAUCAGGCAAAGGAGAGAAUUGAAGAAGGAGAAGGCUUUCCAAGCAGUGCUGAUCCAACAGUGCAAAGAGGCGGAGCUUUUCAACGCCAAAAAGUAUGUGGAUGAGAAGCUGGAGAAGUUACACGAAAUCGUUAUUCCUAGGUAUUGGAAGGGCAAGAGGAUGCCAGAGUUCCUGGUCAGACAGAAAAUGGGGCUACCGCCAAAGGAGAAUUGAUUGUUUCUUUUUAUUUAAACUAUAAAUUAAAUUUACAUGUAGAUAUUA